AUGGAUUUUAUGGAGAUUUUACCUUCCUGUUCUCACUUCAUUUACCAGGCCAUAGCUUAUCCUCCCAGCGAUACCAUCCUAAACAACUAUCUCGUUCCCUCCCAGGAUCAGGUCAACAACCUGAAACUGAUGUACAAGUAUGCCCCUUUCUUGGCUACUCUGUUUUUGUAUACCGCAGAGACUCUGAAGAGUGACUGUGAGGAAACAUAUCCGACACCAGAAGCUCUGGCGCUAGCAUGGAAACAGUGCCUUGCAGCAGUAAAAAUCAAGUGGAAGCUCGAGAUAGCCACACAAGACCUCGUCAACAUUUUCAGUCAGAAAGUCAUACCUCGGCGCUAUGACAGGCCCUUGGAAUUCAUCAUCUAUCUCAAUGAAGCACACACUCUGACAUGGGAAGGCGAACUCGAUUCAGAGGGUCUCCUUGCCAAGGAUAACCAACCCCAGCUAGUCGGCAAGUGCCUCGUCAUCCUCGCCCAACAAAGCGCCAUUUCCUGCUUCCUCCCUUCCUCCCGAUUGCCACUCGGAUAUCUGAUAGCCCACGGUCAUCCAGUUCCCGUUCUGGUCUUUCUCAACCACAUGUUCAACCAGAAAUGCUGCUGCUCUAUGAACUCUGUGGACUUGAUCACUGCAAUGCACCAUGGUUCUCUCCAGAAUCCUCUCUACGAUAGCUCGACGUCUCAGCUGGCUUUCCGGAUCCAAAACUGUGCUGAAGAGGUUCCAAUUUUGGUGAAACCACAGACUGUUAUGCCGGCUCAAGAGGACCUUCCUGUGCUGUCAUAG